AUGAGUCUCCAGACCCGACCCAGACUCUUGAACCUGGCAGCAGUGAGCCUGCUGAGGGAUGAGGCCUCAGCCAUCACUGCUCUGGAGUAUCUGCCCAUUGAACUCUUCCCCCCACUCUUCAUGGAAGCCUUCUGUGGGAGUCGAAGUGAGACCCUGAAGGCCAUGGUGUAUGCCUGGCCCUUUGUCCGUCUGCCUCUCGGGGGCCUGAUGCAAAAGCCUCACAUGGGGACCUUACAAGCAGUUCUGGAUGGUCUUGAUAUCCUGAUUGCCCAGAAAAAACAUUCCAAGAGGUGCAAACUGCGGGUGCUGGAUUUAAGGAAUACUGGCCAGGACUUCUGGAAAAUGUGGUCUGGAUCAAGUGUCCAUGUAUCCUCGAGCUCAUCAAUGACACCAGUGGCUGAGGUCAGGUCAAGGACAGAGCAGCCCUUGGCUCCUUUAGAGGUGUUCAUAGAACUGCACUUCAAGGAAAGUACCACAGAUGACUUCCUCAUCUACCUCACGAGGUGGGUGGAGCAGAGAAAAGCUUCCAUACACCUGUGCUCUAAUAAGCUGAAGGUCACUUCAAUGUCCUUAGAAAAUAUUGUGCAGGUCCUGGGUAUAGUGCAACUGGACUGUAUUCAGGAAGUGGAAGUGAAUUGCAUUUGGCAUCUGUCCACUCUGGCCAUGUUUGCUCUUUUCUUGGGCCAAAUGAGUAAUAUACAGAGACUCCAUCUCUCCCACAUCCAUGGGCUAGCAAUUGAAGAGGAGGAAGAGUAUUAUCACAUUGUCCAAAUUAUCUCUCAGUUCCGCAAGUUGUACCACCUCCGGGAUCUGUAUUUAGAGACUCCCUCCUUCCUUGAAGGCUGCCUGAACCCGAUGCUCAGGUGCCUGAUGACUCCCUUGGAUAACCUUGCUAUAACUCACUCUCUCCUUACGGAUUCAGACUUGACCCAUCUGUCCCAAUGUCCAAACAUUAGUCAGCUGAAGGGCCUGGAUAUGAGUGGUGACCUCCUGACGUACUCCAAUGCUGAGCUCCUCUCAGUUCUCCUGGAGAAAGUUGCAGGCACACUUGAAACACUGGACUUAAACAUGUGUGGGAUUAGGGACUUCCAUCUUGAAGCCAUCCUGCCUGCCCUGAGCCAUUGCUUCCAGCUCAAGUCCUUCAGCAUGCGUGGAAACAUUCUCUCCAUGGCUAUCAUGGAGAAGAUGCUGCGACACACUUCCACACUGCCCAGUUUAAAUAAAGAGCUGUAUCCUGUCCCCCAGAGUUUGCAGUCUAGGGGAAUCCAUCAACCACAGAGACUUGCACAGUGUCGGGCUGAACUGUUUGAGAUUCUGAAGGACUUAGGACGUCCCAGGACCAUUUGGAUUAGCUCUAUCUCCUGUCCACAGUGUGAAGGUCAUGCAUUCUAUCAUCCUGAGCCCAUUAUAUACCAGUAA